CGGCGACCAUGACAGAGUUCGUCACCAUCGCGACCGCUGCAGUCGCGUUGCUGGUGUGGGUGGUCCUAAGCGGCAUGUGGCGACCACGGAAGGUCAUGUCCCUUCAAGACAAGCAUGCUUUUGUCACGGGUGCGGCAUCAGGUAUUGGACGCGGCUUGGCGAUCGCGUUAAGCAAUGCCGGCGCGGUUGUCACACUCGUUGACGUCAACAAGGGUGGCAUGGAAGAAACUGCACGAGUGAUCAAUCAACCUGGCAGGGUGCACGUAUGUCAGUGCGAUGUCUCUGACUAUAAGCAAGUGGAAUCGGCGGUGGCGAUAGCUGUGGCUACCUUCAAGCGUCCUGUCGAUGUGCUCAUCAACAACGCUGGCAUCGUGUCGGGCAAGAAGUUCAUUGAACUGACCCUACCAGACAUGGAAAGAACGAUCCAAGUGAACACGCUGGCGCAAUUCUACACGACUAAGGUUACUUUGCCGGCCAUGAUCGAACACCGCCAAGGUCUCUUGGUCACUGUAUCCUCUAUGAUGGGGCUCAUUGGAGCGUCGAGUUUGGUGGACUAUUGCGCGUCCAAGUUUGCCCUCGUGGGAUUCCACGAAGCACUGCGGUUGGAAUUGAGAGAUACAGGAAUUCGCACACUUUUGGUGUGCCCCAUGGCAGUGGACACCGGAAUGUUUAACGGCUAUCAGGACGGCAAGACCCUGUGGCAACGAUUCGUGACUCGAUACCUCCUGCCUAUGCUCUCGGUGGAUCAAGUAGUUGGAACCAUCAUGGACGCCAUCGUGGAUGGUCGCCACGACGAACUGAUUUCCUGCGCUCCGGGUUGGCGGCAACAUGUCCUUCCAUGGGUCGCUCGCGGCGUGCGGUUGUUUCCAGUCUGGGUCAUGGAGAUCAUUCUUGGACUGGGUGGAGCGAUACACGGCAUGGACUCCUUUGUUGGCCGAGCGAAAGUCGAGUAGCUCUAUGUUCAAUGGAUGCGCGUACGCAUAAGACACUUCCAUCGUAUUUUCAGCGCUUAAGCCGCUCUAAAGGUCGAUGGAGCACUCUAUUGCUUCCUCAAUGCACCCUCCAUGUUCCGCUUCGCCGCCGGCGUGUGUGAAGUGGCUGCAUUUUUCGGAUAAUAAAUCUUGAUCCCGG